UGUUUACACACCCACAAAAAAACAGGACACUAGCGGUCGUCGGCCGAAUGUUUACCCAGCAAGCAUAGAGUGGUGGUGAGGAAAGUGACAGUCACACAGGAGGGUUGGUGUAUGGUGAAUCACAGGUGAUCUGAGUUCCCACAAUUGCAUUUUAUAGCGGAAUGUUCACUCGAAGGCAGCAUGGAGACGUCAAGAAAUCUACACAGAAAGUUUUGGACCCAAAGAAGGAUGUACUGACCCGGUUGAAACACCUCCGGGCACUGUUAGAUAUCAUUGACAAGAGUGAACUGAAGGCAUUCUUCGAGAGCAACUGUUCUCAGAUUUAUUUUAUCUUCUAUGAAAAUUUCAUUACACUGGAAAGCAACUUAAAACAAAAAGGGAACAAAUCUCAAAGGGAAGAGCUGGACUCUAUCCUCUUUAUUUUUGAAAAAAUCCUGCAACUUCUGCCAGAGAAAAUCUACAACCGAUGGCAGUUUCACAGCAUAGGUUCUAUUCUGAAAAAGCUUCUACACACUGGAAAUUCAUUCAAGAUCCGCUGUGAGGGGAUUCGUCUCUUCCUGCUGUGGCUGCAAGCACUGAGAGACAACUGUGCUGAAGAGCAGUUUCUUAUCUUUGCCUGCCUGGUGCCAGGAUUCCCUGCUGUGCCCUCCUCUAGAGGGCCCUGCACUCUUGACACCAUCAUUUACAACCCCUUCUCCAACCCCCCUGAUGCCAAGGUUGUCCCUGAGGAGAUUACCCCACUAGUGCCGGCGGUGGCAGGAGAAAAGGUUGCAGAUGACCAGACCUGUUACAUUCUUGAAACCCUGCUCAAGUUCAUGGUCAUUCAGGCAUCCAGUUUAGAAUGGAAGAAUAAAGAGAACCAGGACACAGGCUUCAGGUUUCUUUUCAGCCUGUUCAAGAAGUACUACCUUCCACAUCUAUUCCCCUCUUUCACCAAGCUCACAAAUCUCUACAAGCCUUUAUUAGAUCUCCCCCACCACAGACCAAAACCCUUGUAUGUGCCAGUGACGCGGAACAAUGAGAGCACCUUCUGCACCAGGGACCAGUACCUGGCACCCCGUGUGGCCUUCAUCACUUGGCUUGUCACCUUCUUCCUGGAGAAGAAGUAUGUCAGCAGUACUGCUGCAGCGCAGAACGCCAAGAACGGCACAGAGGUCAUUCCCAAACUCAUCCAGACUGUCACUGCAGGCAGUAGCAGCCAGGAGAAGGAGAAGGAUAAGGAUAAGACAUCAGAUGGGGAUACUAAUGGGCCACAGGGGGAGCCUGACAAGAGCCACUCCAACAGCAGCACAUUGUCAGAUCGACGACCCAGUGAUUCCAGUUUGUGUAGCAUUGAGGAGGAGCACCGUCAUGUCUAUGACAUGGUGCAUGGCAUUCUGCUAUCCACCAGAGACAAUGUGAAUUUUGUGAAUGAAGUCUUUCACCAGGCCUUCCUGUUACCAUCAUGUGAGGCAUCAGCAACCAGGAAGGUGAUCAAAGUGUAUAGGAAGUGGAUUCUGCAGGAAAAGCCCUGCUUCAUGACAGAACCUGACAAACGUACGCAGGAAGAUGAAGUGGAUGAAAGCUGUGUGCAGACAGUCAGCACAGAGACGAAUAGCAUGCAUGCACAGGUAUUGGAGAGUCACGGACACAGACGGUCAUCCAGUUGGGGCAGGACCUACUCGUUUAGCAGUGCCAUCAAUCGGGGUUUUCUCACCGAGGAGCAGAACAGGGACAUCAAGGCUGGCAUCCAGCCCAUGCUACAGGUAUUCCUGACCAACUCGUCAAAUGUGUUCCUGUUGGAACCAUGCCAGGAUGUACCUAAACUUUUGGAUAAUCAGGUUGAGGUGUGCAAGGGAGUUCUCAGCAUCUACCGACACAUGAUUAUGGAACACACAAUGAACACACAGACAUGGGAGCAGAUGUUGCAGGUACUGCUGAGGAUCACAGAAGCUGUGAUGAAAAGGCCACAGGAUAACCAAAGAAAAGACAGCUUUGCUGAAAGUUUAGCCUCUAUACUCUUUAGAACCAUCAUUGUGGCAUGGGUGCGAGCCAACCUGUGCGUAUUUAUCUCCCGGGAGCUAUGGGACGAGCUGCUGGCAGUGCUGUCCUCUCUUACCUGCUGGGAAGAGCUGGUGACAGAAUGGGCCAGCAUCAUGGACUCUCUGACAGCUGUGCUGGCACGCUCUGUUUAUGGCCUGGACAUGGCCAACCUGCCUCUGGACAAACUCAGCGAACAGAAGGAGAAGAAGCAGAGAGGACGUGGGGUAAUCCAAGACUCACAGAAAGCUGCAGCAGUGGCUCGCUCCUUCUCACUGAGUUGGAGGAACCAAGGGGAACAGAGUGGGCCUGGAGUUCAAGAGCCCAUGAGGAUUCGGUCCGCCACAACAUCAGGAGCUCCUGGUGUGGAGACAGCCCGUAACAACGUCCGGCAGAAAGCUUCUGCUAAGCGAAGCCAGUCCAUCAGCAACUGUGUUCAUCUAUAUGAAGCUUUGCCCACUACUAAAAGCGUUCCUAUGCUGCUCCACACUGUGAGCUCUUUCUUGCCUGGUAUCUCUUCUGGUAAUUCUGCUUGCUCUCACAGACUCUCAGAUGUGGAGGAGUGCCAGCUGUCAGAAUGCGGGGGAGAGGAGGAGCUGGGAGGCGGGGAUAGCCCCCUGCCACGUAGCAGCAGCACCUCCGACAUCACCCAGCAACUCUCUGACACUUUACCAGCCCAGAAAAGAGAAUACUCCCCUACCUCUUGUGGCUCUGGCAGCAGAAUGUCUGAGGGAAGGAGAGAGAGCGCCGAGCCCCCAGUGAUCCUUAUCCGACGGAGCAGCAGUCCAGCUGAGACAGAGUGCAAUGCAGAGGGACAGACAACCUACACAAGGCCCAAGCUCAGGGAGAAAAGUGAGAGUGUAAGCAGUGAGACAUCCAAUGGCUACCUCAAUGAAGCUGAGGUUACCUGGCAGGCCUUUGACGAGGAGGCUGACACUCAGUCAACCCAGUCAACCCACAUGGAUGUGACGACUGACCCCCAAAGCCAGGGAAGCCUGCUACUCAGCCACAAUGAGGCACUAGCAGGUCCUGAGUGUGCCCUCCCUCCCCACUCUGCACCCCCGUCUUACCACCACAACCACUACCACUACCCCCAGAACCCCCCAGCCUCACCAGCCCUGCUAGUGCACACAGAGUGCCCGCGGGACUGCCCCCUGGAUGACACCAUGCAUCAUUCUGUCUUACACAUGCCACACCAUUUGGACAGCAGUGAAUGUUUAGCUGAUGAUGUCAGCAUAAUCGCAGGUGGGACCCUGACUGGGUGGCAUGCUGAUUCUGCUUUUGUCCUCUGGAGAAGGAUUUUGGGUAUCCUGGGGGAUGUCAAUAACAUUCGCUGCCCCAAGAUCCAUGCCAAGGUGUUCUCCUAUCUCUAUGAACUCUGGCACAAACUGGCUAAGAUUCGGGACAACCUUGGGAUCAGUGUGGACAACCAGUCCUCUCCUCCCCAACCAGCUUUCAUCCCUCCUCUUCGAAUGUUGGCAUCAUGGCUCUUCAGGGCAACGAUGCUACCAGUGGAGUAUAAAGCUGGCAAGCUGCAAGCUUAUAAGUUGAUCUGUGAGAUGAUGACAAGACACCAGGACGUACUCCCCAACAGUGACUUCCUAGUGCACCUCUACUACAUAAUGCACAGGGGCUUUACCAGCAAUGACCAGGAUGUCUUGAACACCAUCAUUCGAUCCUGUUCUCCACGAUUCUUCUUCCUUGGGCUGCCAGGUUUCACAAUGCUGGUUGGAGAUUUCAUCACUGCUGCUGCUUGUGUUUUGAGUUCUGACUCCCCAGAGGCUCCCAGAAUGGAGGCUCAGACCACCCUGGGCUCCCUUGUGUGUUUUCCCAACCUUUACCUCCAGAUUCCAAUACUGCAGUGUAGGCUUGGUUUGGACGACAUUGUUGUUGGCAAUGAGGAUAUUAAGGACUAUCUGGUCAACAUUCUACUAGAAACAGCAACAAAGGAACACUGUGAAAGAGCCAGGUGUAUUGCUGUGUGCAGUUUGGGUCUGUGGGUAUGUGAGGAGCUCAUGCAAAAGAAAGUCCACCACCAGGUGAAAGAUGCCAUCAAUGUCCUGGGAGUAACACUGAAGUUUGGAAAUAAAGCAGUGGCACAAGUAGCCUGUGACGUGCUUCAGCUGCUUAUCUGUCACUGGGAACAUCUCCAAAGGCUGGAUCCUACACUGCCUAAGAAAAUCAUCGAGAUCUUUGUGGCCACAAUAGCCUUUUUGUUGCCAAGUGCAGAGCACUCAGCGGUGGAAGCAGAUAAAAAGUUAAUGGUAUCACUGCUGCUCUGUCUGUUGGACUGGUGCAUGGCUGUUCCCCUGAAUCUGCUGCUUGAAACCAUCACCAUGCCUACAGUGGAGGACCACACAUCCCACAAAGCCCCACUACUGGACUACAUCUACAGGGUACUUCACUGUUGUGUCUCCGGUGCCAAUUUGCACACACAGCAGAGCCACUACCUCCUCAGCCUGUCAGACCUGUCUACUGACUAUGACCUCAUGUUGGGUCAGGUUAAGAGCUUUGAGCCACCACCCUCCCAGACUACCACCACAGACUUUGGCAACCUGCUCACUGUAGCUGAGGAGAAGCGUCGUCGGAACAUGGAGCUGAUUCCCCUGACAGCACGGAUGGUCAUGACACACCUGGUGAACCAUCUGGGCCAUCAUCCACUGAGCGGUGGCCCUGCUCUUCUGCAUAGCCUUGUGAGCGAAAAUCAUGACAACCCAUAUGUGGAGUCAUCUGAGCUCUCCUCAGAGGUCUUCAAAAGCCCCAACCUGCAGCUAUUUGUCUUCAAUGACAGCACACUGGUGUCCUACCUGCAGAUCCCAGCUGACACUCAAACUGUUGGCCAGCCCCCCCACCCUUCAUCCCAAGUGCGGGUCAUUGUACGUGACAUCUCAGGCAAAUACUCAUGGGAUGGUUCAAUUCUUUACUGUACCACCCAGGAGGACUUUGUUGAUAUGGGCAUGUUUACUGCCACAGACUGCACUCUUUCUAGCACUACAGUCAGUCAAAGUAAAAAUCAGCCACCCUCUCCAGGAAGGGGAACAUACAAAAACCAUUGCUCAGCCUCUAAUUCCCUUUCAGACUGUGGUGAGGAGGAGGAGGUAGAUAUUCUGGAUAAACUGUUGGAGGAGUUAGGCCACAGCAGCCCUGAAUGCCUGCCCCAGCCCCAGCUGAACCUCAACCAGCCUGCUCCCUCACCCUGUGGCAUGAAUCUAGAGCAAGAGGGUGCCAUUCUAGAAGCUAUCCUUCGUCAGACUCAACAGGAAGAGGAGCAGGUGAGAAGGUGGGAUGCUGAUGUAAGUUUUCGAGCUGCCUGUCAGAGAGAACCCUCCCACCAGGAACCAAAAGCUCCUUUCUACUUCUGCCGACUGCUUCUCAAUGACCUUGGCAUGAACUCUUGGGAUCGCAGGAAAAGUUUCCAUUUGCUGAAGAAAAACUCCAAACUGCUGAGGGAACUAAAGAACCUUGAUUCCAGGCAGUGUCGUGAAACACACAAGAUUGCCGUAUUCUACAUUGGAGAAGGCCAAGAGGACAAGUGCUCCAUCUUGUCCAACAGUGCUGGCAGUCAGGCCUAUGAAGACUUUGUAUCUGGACUAGGAUGGGAGGUGGACCUGGCCACACACUGUGGUUUCAUGGGUGGCCUUCAAAGGAAUGGCAGCACAGGUCUAACAGCUCCUUACUAUGCUACCUCCACCAUGGAGGCCAUCUUCCAUGUCUCCACACGCAUGCCAUCUGAUUCUGAUGACUCCCUCACUAAAAAGCUGCGUCACCUGGGAAAUGAUGAGGUGCACAUAGUGUGGUCAGAGCACACCAGGGACUACCGUCGUGGCAUCAUCCCAACUGACUUUGGGGACGUGUUGAUUAUCAUCUACCCUAUGAAGAACCACAUGUAUUUCAUCCAGAUUAUGAAGAAACCACAGGUUCCUUUCUUUGGGCCUCUGUUUAAUGGCGCCAUCAUCACUGGGACACUGCUGCCAAGCUUAGUGCGGGCCACCUGUAUCAAUGCCAGCAGAGCUGUCAAGUCCCGGUUGACUCUCUACCAGAGCUUCUAUGAGGAGCGGGCGCUCUACUUGGAGGCCAUCAUUCAGAAUCACAGAGAAGUUAUGACUUUUGAAGACUUUGCCUCACAGGUCUUUUCCCCAUCUCCUGGCUAUCCAAUAAGUGGGACAGGCUCCUUCACCGGCAGCGUGAGCACCGACGCCAGCACCGUCACCGCAACGACGGACUCUGUCGACCAAGUCUCUCCCACCAUGCCCCGUGCCACAAAGAACCGAGUUUCCGGAAAACUCCGCAGAUCAGCCAGCGCUAUAAGCAAAUCCUCAAACUGAGCUCUUCAAUCCCGUCCCCCUUGUCCCUCGAAUGCAGCCUUUAAUCUAUUCUCGAAGAACCUCAUGUACCCAGCCGUGACUGCAAGGCUUUUUGCCGUGUGUUGUUUUUCUUUGUUUUAUUGUCAUACAAACAUGUAACUGGAGCGUAUUGCAAUUUUUAAUUUAAGUGGCAAUCAUUAGUUUUGUUGAUGCAUUUGUUGUAGUGUUUAGCAACUUAAUCACGACGGACAUGAGACUGAGCUUUUUAUGUUCCGCUUUCAGCUAAAGAAUUGUCAGCAUAGGAAGGGAGGUCAUAAAGCAAAUGUCAUUUUUAUUCUCUUUUUCUGGUGCAAUCUUGAUGCACUAGAAUGAAUGAAAGUUCUUACUGUAGUAAGGCAAUGGGAGACUGUUUCAGCCUGUUUCUGUACUCAACACUUAAUGUAUCAAAGCACUGAAUGACACAGCUGUAAAUGGCAUAAUGCUAUAACUGCACAAGAGAUUGGUAUGCAUUUAUAAAUGUCUCUGCCUUUUUACCUCCUCUUGCACUUGCCACAACCUUUCUGUGUCAAAGACUCCACUUGGUUCUCAGUGACAGGAUGAUGUUGAAGUCUUCGGUUUUUGUACUGCUCAAUGGCGCCACUUCGGACUAUGUUUGUGGACCAUCUUCCUACAGCGGAAAGAAGAAAAGACUCUUGUAUGGGGAAUUCCACCCCAAGACCGAUUUGUACUGGCUACACUACUACAGACUUCCUGGGCUCAGAGGCUUUGUAGUGUGUGCAGUCGGAGGCUUUUUAAUUGUUUUGAACCCAGAGUGGACAAUCAAUGAUGUCUUUCUAACUUGAGCUGAGUUGAAAUUUGUUUGGGGCUUUUUUUAUCAUUCUAAUUUUCCUUUUUAAAUGAAUUCCGAUGGAUUCUGUCAUGAUUUGAUUUAUGCAACCCCACUGGAAUGAGAAAAGUCUGCGUUUGUAAUUGUUUUCUGAUGUCGUUAACAUAGGCUCAUGUCCGGUAAUUGGAUAAGUUCCUCCUGUCUCUUUCCUCUGCUAUCAGUUUCCCUGUCCUGUGAAGCUGAGACAUUGACAUUCCAACGUUUUUGCACUCACUGUCAUUGAUUAACUAGCAUUGAAUGUUUGUGUUUGCUGUUGGAUGUAAAUUGCUUUAAAUUUUAUUUGAUGAUGUCUGUUAGUUGUAUAUAGAGAGUACUAUUUGAUGAAUUAUUUUUGCUGUCGUGUUAUAUUUUUUUGUUUUCUUGUGCUGUUUAGAAGAAAAAUGCCGCCAGAGCCUCAGGUGAAUUUUGACUCCAUGCACUGGUGUAUGCGUGUGUGUGUGUGUGUGUGUGUGUGUGUGUGCGCGCAUGUGCAUGUGUGUCUGCAAUGUAUGUGAGUUUCUGAGGGAACUUCUCACAGUGCCUGUGUUAUGUCUGUCCACUGAAAUGCUGUUCCACUCCACCUCCAGCCCCCAUAAUCAUAUUUCACUAGUCAUCAUGUGACAUCCUACAUGGCAUCUCCUCGUUUCCCCCUGUUCUACUCUAAAGUCUUGUGCUUCCCAUAACAACAAUAACAACAGCAGAUGGAUGAAGUCGUGGGGCUCCUUAUUAUAGGUGGUGCACAGCUCCAUCUUUAACUGUGAAUGGAAACGAGAGGCACCAACUCCUCCUCUUUCCCAUGAUCCUCUCCCCAUGUCGCCUCCUGAGGCCAGAGGAGGGGUGGGGCGCCGGGUUUAGGUGGCAUGCCAGAGCUGAACUCUCCCAGCCUUCCUAGCAACAGCCAGGCUCGUGCUCCCUUCUCCAGCCUGCCCACUCGGGUUGUCAUGGUAGCCAGGUGUUCCCUGCACACACACACACACACACACACGUGUUGCAGACUCGCACCUUCCGAGGGCUCCACCCCAGCUGCAACACUAUCCCCAUCUGUUGCACUACUAUGCCUUACUUUCCACAUGCUCUCCUGUCAUGUUCCUCUUUCUCUCGCAUCACGCCUGCUUUGUUUGUUCAUCCCCCUCAGGCUGAAAACAGGGGAAUCCAAACAAGAGCGUAGAGGUGCUGAGAGUAAAUUCCUAUUUUUGUGCUUGUUUGUUUUUGAAGAAUGUAAAGGCCUGGAUCACGUCAAUGGUUUUUAUCCCCCCCUCACCACCACCCCUCCUCCUCCUCCUCCUCCUCCAAAAGCCACUUGAAGGAAUCACCCAGGAUGUUGAUCUAAAGAUUGUAGCUUAUAGAUAAUACUUGUGGAAGGGGUCUGUACUCCCUUUGGUGACUUAGUUGCUGGAGACAUUAGUUUGGACCAAGAUAAGGAUUGUGUGUCUUAUAUACGUGAAGAAAAUGAGCUAGUGUUAGUCCUAGUAUGUUUUAUGUUUUCUUCUCGUUCUAGAAAUCCUUGUACAUUGUGUCAAAUUUGAGGGCUUGAGCACCCUCUGAAUAUAAAUAUAUUAAUGCCUGUAAUAUAAUCUUUGUAUAAGAGAGAGAGGAAAAAAGCUUGAAGAUUUCAUCAUUUCUUGUCAACAUAUCAAACUGUUUUUAACGACCGAAGUCCUGCUAUCUUUAUUAGAAAUGUGAAAAUUGAAACAUUUCAUUAAAUCAAUUUGAAAUUCUA